ACUGCAGCUGUCCGCGGUGCUGAAACUGUCAGUGCGACACAAAAAGCAGAGAGUUUGUUUUUCUGUCGCUCCUUCAGUCAGUUUGAAAAAUGGCCGCUGGUUAUAAACAACACCUGUCUGUCACGUGCGCUGUGAUACUUCGGCAUUUAAGAUGCAAAAAGUGCACGUGGAACUAAUAAUAACAAUAAUCCUGAGAACUUGAUGUGUCGGGUCUGCCUGCGAGGCUAAACUCAGGGCAGUCCACCCCUGCACUCCUCCAUCCUUCUCCACCCUGCUGUCGGACUCCCGGUUGUAUAACCGCUCCGCUGCCGCAGUGAAGGAAACCCCUCUCUCCUCUCCCGCCUGUCCUUUUAUGGUACGGGGAUACCCGCCGUCACAACCGGAAGCUGCCCAUGUUUGGGCAGCUACGAAGCGCGCGGCGGGGGGAAUCCCUCGCGCCGGUGCCGACCAAUAAGGCCGGGACUGGAGUUACCUAGGAGACGGAGAGUAUAAAACGGGCAGCGAGCGGAGGGAGCCCAGCAUCUUCAGCAUCACCGAGCGGACUAACGGAACACACCGACAGCUCCGGUAACGGAUUAAUAACAGGAUUUUUAAACGGCUCGAGGGAAUCCCCGACACCGACCGAGCAGCUUGACUCAGUGCGUCCACCUGACGCUACACACACACACACACACGUACACACAGGUACCGCAGCGACCCGCAACACUUCACGCAAUGCUUCUGGAGCGCGACGACAGCUUCAUGUCGGAGUUUGAGGACGCGUGCAGCGCCUGGGUGGACAGCGUGGGCUCGAGCCCCAGCGACGGAGCAGACUCUGACGUGGGAUCACCUUUGUGCCAAGGUGUGUUUUCUCCGGGAACUGACGCCUCUGACUCAGAUUUCUUCUCCGACUUCAGCGACUGCUCCUCGGACACGCUCUCGCCGUCCCUCGGCUACACCGGCAGCUUCUUUGCCGAACCGGAGCCGGUACCGGCGGCAGCGGGGCUGAGCAGCACCGCGGACGCGAUCCUCAACAUGAUUACAGAGAUUGUCGGGAUCUGCACCGAGAUGGAGCAGCAGGGCGACUCCAGCCCGUCCCCCUCCCCGGCCGCAGCCUCCCCCUCCUCCUCGCUCGUGCUUCCACCUCCAUGCUUGACUCCCAGCUCCGACUUGAGCAUCCCUCCCCCGGCCGCAGCCCAGCAGCUGGCUCCCGCCUCCAUUUCACACCCAGUGAUGGUUAAGAGCGAGUUUGUGACCACCAGCUGCAGCAGCGGGUGUGGACAAUCUUCAGUGACCGGGAAUGAUGCUUUAUACGCGGCCAGCGCCGACUGCCUCCUCCCGCUGUCGGCUCUGGAGCAACAGAUGGAUGUGGCCGACUUCAUCGACUCUCUGUUGAGCUCCGAGGCCGGCCAGGGCGAGCUGAAGCCCGGCUAUGAGGUGAAGCAGGAGCCGCUGGGGCUGGAGGACUGGCUGAAGAGCCUGGUGGCUGCACCGGUUACCGGGGGAGAUUCCAGCAGCUACGUCAUCGGCAGACCGGUAGUCAAGACGGAGCUCGUGCAGAGCGGGAGCGACCUGCACUUCUCCCCCACACCCCUCUCCUCCACCCUGGACGCUCACCUCCUCUCCUCCCUCCUGCAGGGCGCGUUCCCGAUAGUCAACAUCAGCAGUGUGCACGCGACAGGAGCCCCCAAACUGUCACGCGGGGGCAGAAGAGCUCCCGCCAAGAACGGCCUGAAAGUGAAACCUUUCCCGUGCUCCGUGCAGGGCUGCGAGCGCCGCUUCUCGCGCUCGGACGAGCUGAACAGGCACGUGCGCAUCCACACGGGACAGAAGCCCUUCCAGUGCACCAUCUGCGCGCGCUGCUUCAGUCGCAGCGACCACCUGACCACGCACACGCGCACACACACGGGGGAAAAGCCCUUCUCGUGCGAUGUGUGCGGCAAGCGCUUCGCGCGCAGCGACGAGAGGAAGAGGCAUGGGCGCGUGCACGUCAAGCAGCAGCUGCGCGCGCAGAUGAUGGCCGCCUACUCCCUGGCUCUGAACGCGCCUGGCAUCUGAACGGCUGCUGUGGAGAGAAGCUAAAGCUUCGGGAUUUGCACCGACAACCGGAAAGCGUCAGAGGCGUUUCCAUGUGACGUCACACUGGCUAUUUUUCAGCGAAAGCCGGGAAGAGCAGAAAAGCUCUUCGGGGGACUUUAAAGUCCAGAUUCUGGCUCCUCUCACGGCGCAUGUGUGAGUGCAUUGCAGGAGGACUGUGGGAGGACCGGGUUCAGGCGUGAUCCCGGACCAGCUGGGCCAGCUCCCGGUGGUCUGAGAGAGACUCCGGCUGCCUGAAGGCAGACCGCGGCAGACUGCCUCUGCUUGUAAAAAAAUACAUCAUGACUUUUGUGACUUUUCUGCAUGACGCAAAAAGAAGCUGAAUGGUGACGUCAGAAUGUCGUGACUCUGUCCCUGCCGACGCAGAUAUUUUUACGUCAAACCGCUUUUUAUCAUCACAGUUCUCUGUUUGUAACACAAACUAUUUUUCUAGACUGUCUACCUCUCUGUGUCUGUGUUUCCGGACUCGACGUCAGACGUCUGUGGCGGGUAAACGUGCAGUGAUGUCACUUUUCUAUGAAAUGACCGCGAGUCUUCUGCGCACUGAAUGAACUGUUAGAUCGUUCUGAUGGCGCCGGAAGAGUUGCACUGAUGCAUUGUGGGAUGCGUGUCCUGUGUAGAUGAGCACGUGGCUGUGCAGGUUUACUGCUGUCAAUAAACAACAACAACAACA